AUGCCUCCAAAGCCCACAAAAACGCUCGUAGUGGACAACGGUUCAUACACAAUCAAAGCUGGAUUCGCCACUGAAAAUGCGGUUCCAGGGGAUUGCUUACAGGUCCCAAACUGUCUUGCCCGCGCAAGAGACAAACGCGUGCUGGUUGGUCAGCAGCUGGAGAGUUGUCGAGACUUUGGAUCUAUGUCAUUCCGAAGGCCUGUCGAGAAGGGCUAUCUGGUGAACUGGGAGGCAGAGAAGGAAAUAUGGGACAGGACCUUUCUAGAUUCAGAUUCAAAGUUACAAUGCGAUCCUAGGGAAACAGUUCUCUUACUCACUGAGGCUCCUAAUGCACCGUCAGCUCUACAAUCAAAUUGCGACCAAAUGGUCUUUGAAGAAUACGAGUUCAGUGCCUACUAUCGUUGCGUAGGUCCAACCUUGAUACCCUGGAACAACAUCGGUGCUCUGCACACACCUGACUAUAACCCCUCCACUAAACCCCCCGCCGAAGCAUGCCUCGUUAUCGACUCCGGUUUCUCCCAUACCCACGUAACCCCGAUAAUCAACGGCCAGCUCUGGAACUCGGGUGUACGCCGUAUCGACGUCGGCGGGAAGUUCCUAACCAACUACCUUAAAGAAAUGGUCUCCUUACGGACCUACAACAUGAUGGAAGAACCCUAUUUGGUCAAUCAGGUCAAAGAGUCCGUCUGUUAUAUAUCUACAGACUUCUCGGGCGAUCUUGAGAAAUGCAAGGCACUUAAAAACUCAGCCAAUCCCAUCGUAGUGGAUUAUGUUCUUCCUGACUAUAACUCUGGCAAGCUUGGGCAUCAGCGGGCCCAUAUUCCAAAGAAGCUUGGACCUGCCAGGGAUGACGAGCAGGUUAUGGUAUUGGGGAACGAACGAUUUACUGUGCCAGAAUUACUCUUCUCGCCGACUGAUGUAGGACUCAAACAAUCCGGUAUCCCGGAAACUGUCAUUCAGUCGCUUGAAAGUGUGCCGGAACGUUACCGGAACCUAUUACUGGCAAAUGUGGUAGUUGUAGGCGGCAAUGCUAAUAUCCCCGGCUUUUUGGAGCGGCUGCAGAGCGAGCUACAGCCUCUUGCACCCUCGGAUGCGAUUGUAAGGAUUGCGAAGCCGGAGAAUCCAAUCACAUACGCCUGGCAAGGUGGCGUAGCGCUGGCACUGGAUAAGGCAGAGAUGAAGAGGAGACAGGUCACAAGGGCGGAAUACCUGGAGUAUGGGGCUGCGUGGUGCGCCAAAAAAAUGGCUGGGGAGGCUGUAGGCGGCAGCGAGACCAAAACAACGGAUACAAAGGAAGGUAGGAGUCACAAGAAGAGGAGAGUGGAUGACUCAUAA